UUGGUAAUCAUAAAUCACAAUAACAAUUAUUGUGUUAGUGGUUUCUCAAGUCUUCUCUGAAGUGUGAACCCUUUUGACCUCUGUACUUAAUUUUCUUUAUUUCCCAUAAAAAUUGUUGUGUUUAACAACAAAGUGUAAACAUUUUUCCAUAAAAUAUCAUCUAUCACGGUCGGUUUUUUCUCAUUCACAGAACAUAUUUUAUUUGCAGGUUUUCGUUGUAUAAACAGAGUUGACAUGAAGACGGCAGAUAAUAAUAAUAGUAAUAUAAUACUGUUCGAUUUGGGAAAGAACGAAAUGUUUAACAUCAACGACAAUUUGAAGACACUUAGAAGGAAACUCAAGGGUUCAUUCAAUAUCGCUAUAAACAAGUAUGAAAUAACAGCAGAAGUAUUGAACGAUGUACAACUAAUAGUGUUUGGCAGUCCUCGUGCCAUGUUUUCUGAAUCCGAGUUCAAUUGUUUACGGAAAUACAUAGACCUUGGCGGAUCCGUAUUGGUCAUGUUGGCCGAAGGGGGUGAAAAAGAACUUCACACUAAUAUUAAUUAUUUAUUAGAAGAAUACGGCAUUAUGGUCAACAGUGACUGCGUGUUACGUACACAUUAUUAUUUAUACUUUCAUCCAAAAGAGUGUUUAGUAAAAGACGGUGUUGUCAACGAAGCUGUCGCAAAUUACUUAGGAAGAGAAAAAAAGAGCACAUCCAGAUGUAUAAGUUUUGUAUUUCCUUACGGCGCUAGUUUGAAUGUUGCUAAACCAGCAGCGCCUAUACUUACUAGCGGUUCAGUUGCGUAUCCUUUAAAUAGACCAUUGUGCGCUUUCUAUUCCGCUUCCAAAUAUUCUAGUGAAGUUAAAAGAGGAAAACUAGCGGUCAUUGGUUCCGGCCAUUUACUGACUGACAAAUAUAUAAAUUGGGAAGAAAACGAUAAAAUACGUGAACUUUUGUUUGAUUUUUUGAUCACUGACAACAUUACGCUGAACGAAAUUGAUGCUAACGAUCCUGAGACUUCAGACUACAAAAUGAUCCCAGACAUUGGAAUGCUGUCGUCGCGUGUUCGUACGUGUUUACAAUUACAAGAAAGUUUGAAUAACACUGGACACCUGUUGUUGUCGGCCGAUAACAUUAACACGCUAAUUGAUACAAAAUUGUGUUCUUUAAACACGUCAAUGCUGCUGGACGCGUUAAAUGCGUACACAUUGCUCAAUGUUCCUCAUAAUCAAUUGCAACUUAUUCCUCCGACGUUCAACAACACGUUGCCCAUGUUACAAUUUGCUGUCUAUCCACCGCCGUUUCAAGAAUUACCGUCACCAUUUUUGGAGCUGUUUGAUUUGGACGGAAUACUUGGUUCAGAGAAAAAAUUAUUGGCACAGUUAGCCAUGCAAUGUCUGGAAAUGGAAUCUGGCGAGAAAAUCGAAGAUAAUGUCAAUAUGUUUAUUAUCGAAGCCAACGAGAAAUUGGGAAUUGGCAAUCGUGUUAGCGACUGUAAAGACAUUAUUAAAUCUGUGUUUACGCUUAUUAAUAACUAUAAAACAAAAUAAUUAUGCAAACAAUAGUGUGUUUUUAACAUUUAUUUAUUUUUCAAUAUUACAUAAGUAUUUUUCACUAUGAAAUGUUUUUAUUUUCAUUUUGUCACACUCAAUAUUUUUUAAUGUCGCUAAUCAAUAAAUAUUAUAAUUAAGUCUAUAUAAUUGUAUUUACACAUCUUUACAGAUUAUUUCAUCAACAAACCUAAUAAAGAUUCGAUUGCCAUUAAGCAUUCUGGCAGUCUUUUGUACUUGACACAUUAUUAAAUAUUUUUGAGAUCUUGGACCUCUUGUUUUAAUCUACAAUUUCUUUUUCGUUUCUUUUUUCAGUUUAUAUAAUACACAUGAUAUCACAUAAAAUAUUAGAGCCCAAAUCACCAUCGAUACGAAUCCCAUGUAGACGGCGGUGUGAUUUAGAGUCCAACCUCGCAUAGUUAUUCCACGGAGUGCUUCUAUGGCUAACGUAAUCGGUACAAAUUGAUUUAUGUAUCUGACGAAAUGUCGGGCUCCUUGUGUUGGCCAAAUGAAACCUA